UACACCCAUCGCUUGACAACUGAUUGACAUCUAAAUUAUCCAUGUACAUUGGCAAAAUAUACAUACAUAUAUAUAUAUAUAUGUGUAUAUAUUGUCGAGAGAGAAAGUGGUCAAUGUGCACGAAGAAGCUGGCCAAUCUGGAGCAACGAAAGUUGUCACGCGACUUUUCCAGCAACUUUAUCAGUAAAAUAGGCGAAUUUCUCAGUAUUCGUUGAUACAAAUGUGUAUCAUAACUUACAUAAAUUAGCGUGUAACCAGUGGUACGGAUUUUUUUUCUUUUUCACGAUAAUGGAUCCCUCGCCUAAUGAAAGCCGUCCAGGAGGCCAGGACUCGACGAGAAUUUCAAAGGUCAGAAAUCUCAUGUCGCAAUGCCUCGUUGUGUUGGUGUUCAACAUUGUCAAAUUCAGCUCGGGCACUUCUUUGGGCUUUACGGUUGUUCUGCUCGGCAAGUUUCACAACGAGACGACUUUCGAGAUACCGAUGUCCCUGGCGUACCAGUCGUGGUUCGGCGCCUACUGUUUCACGGGACCGGUUGGUGCCAUAGCGAUUGCCAUAGUGGCCCACCUGAUUGGUAGCCGAACCACCCUGCUACUGGGCUCGUCGCUCUUCGUAGCCUCCUGGGUGAUAUUUUACUACGCGAGAAGCGCCGCGCAUCUUUUGAUCGCCCAAGCCAUCGUGGGCAUCAACAUAUCCACGAUCCUCGGGCCCGGCGUCGCCUACGUCGUCGAGAUCUCCCAGCCUAACUUGAGGAGCACCUUCAUGGCAACCACCAACCUCUCCAUGAUCCUCGGCCAAUUUUUCACGGUGCUGUUGAACAAUUGGCUGCACUGGAGGACCAUCGUACUUGUAAACCUGGCCUUCCCGAUCGUCGGACUGGUGUCCAUGUUCUUCUUCCCGGAGAGUCCUCACUGGCUCGCGAGUAAGGGAAAAUACGAGGAGGCCGAGCGCUCCUUGGCAUGGCUGCGAGGCUGGGCCACGCCGGAAGACGUGGAGGUCGAGUUCCGUCUGCUCCGGGAGACGCAGCAAAAAUCGAGGAAAGAUCUCUCAACGAGCUCAUUGACCGGCCGACGCCGCCUGGCCAAUAUGUUCAAACUCUACGUAGAGCGGUCAUUCUACAUCCCCCUGGCGAUCAUCUGCCUGACGUUCUUGAUACAGGCGCUGGUUGGCAGUCACACCGUCCAGACGUUCGCGAUCAGGCUGUUCAAAAUACUGAACUCCCCGUUGGACAAAAAAAUGGCUGGCACGAUCUUUGAUGGGCUGCGCAUCGCCGGUGCCAUAGUCUGCAUAUCGACGGUCCACCUGUUGGGCAGGAGAAAGCUGAUGUUCUUUUCGUUGGCCGCGGGUGCGAUCACCUACCUCAUGGCCGCUGUGUCGAUUCACCUGACGACGCGCAAGUACCUCGAGGCCGAGGUGUACCUGUACUUGCCGUCGGUUAUGAUAAUCGCGUCAACGUUCGUCUUUGCCGCUGGUCUGGACAAGGUCGUGAACAUGCUCAACGGCGAGCUCUUCCCCAGCAGGUUCAGAAACGUGGGCACGGGGGUCGGGUCGUUCGUCGGGGCCGUAUUCUCCAUGAUCAUGUCCAAGCAGUUUCUGUACAUGAUUGAUUACAUGACGAUCCAGGGAGUCUUUUUGUUCUUUGGCGUUAUGAGCGCGUUCGGUUUCGUACUGCUGUACAGGAUGAUUCCCGAAACAGAGGGAAAGACUUUGAUGGAGAUCGAGGAGCAUUACGCUCAGGCUCGAAGUUUCAAGGAUUGCGAGAUCCAGAGUAAAACGCAGGUCUAUCGGGUUGCUUGAGCCUUGAAAGGCAGGCUAAGCGUGUUGGAAUUUUUUAGUGUUUUGCGAAAUCUGUAUGCACAAACUGGUAUACCAGUGGUGUGGUAAAUGAUGGAGAACAUUCCUAUUGCUAUAGUUCUUUCGUACGUACGUCUGGCCUUGUUUUUUUUUUUUUUUUUUUUUUUUUAUUUGUAUCUGCGUGCGUUUGGACAAAACUGCAAGCCAAGCUGAAUCGUCUUUCAGAGAAGCGCGUUGCGUUGAAUUUGCGCUCAUCGCCAAAUUUGCAACUUAGCUAUUCGCGCUUAUUCCUUGUUUUUUUUGUUGUUCAGUUCAUGUCACGAAGAUGCGUCGGAGUGAUUUUGUUUUGUAUUUUUACUAAAAGUUUAUUUUUUAGAAACAGUCAAUGAAUUGUACAUACUGAAAAUUGCAUAGUUUUAAGAUAUUCUACCAAUCUAGCUGUACUUAUGUUUUUUUUUAGGCACGAUAAAGUGUUGUUAAUAGGCUUGAAACAACAUGUAAUAAGUCGCACAAAUUGACAAUUGGGCGAAAUUCCAUGAUUUCAGAUGAAGUAUUUUUCAGAAAAAAGAAAAAAAAAAGAUUUGUAAAUAGGCUAAUAUAAACACGUUUAAUUAUAAUAAGUAAAUACUAA